CUUUUUCCAAUCACUUACACGCGUCUGUCUAUAGGAGCUCACUCAGGCCUCACCAGCCGGCCAUUGUCUCCUCCACUGUCCUCCUCCUCCUCCUUUCCGCCGGAGUGAACUCAGCCCAGGCAGAGAUGACCGCUAACCCGGCCCGGGCGAAGAAGGACGAGGGCUUUCUGGGGAAGCUGGGUGGGACGCUGGCUCGGAAGAAGAGGUCAAAAGAAGUGAGUGACCUUCAUGAAGAGGGUAAGAAUGCCAUCAACGCUCCGCUCCUCCCGUCUGGUGUUGACCUGCUCCCAGAGGACAUGCUGCUAGAAGAGAACGCAGAGAGGAGCAUGUUGGAUCCCACAUCUAGAGAGGAUCCCAAAUUUAAGGACCUGCAGAAGGUUCUAAUUGACUGGAUCAAUAAUGAGCUGGAAGAGGACAGGAUUAUUGUUAAAGAUCUAGAAGAGGAUCUCUAUGAUGGGCAGGUGCUACAGAAACUGUAUGAGAAGUUGUCAGGCCGUAAGCUAAAUGUAGCAGAGGUCACCCAGUCUGAGAUUGGUCAGAAGCAGAAGCUGCAGACUGUUCUGGAAGCAGUGAACGAGCAGCUCAGGCCUCAGGGCUGGACAAUCGAGUGGGGAGUUGACUCAAUCCACUCCAAAAACCUAGUGGCCAUCGUGUUUCUGCUGGUGGCUCUGGCCAUGCACUUCAUGGCCCCCAUCAGGAUACCUGAGCAUGUCUCUGUGCAGGUGGUGGUGGUAAAGAAAAGAGAGGGAAUUUUACAGACGUCACAUGUGACCAAAGAGCUCACCACCACUACAGAGAUGAUGCUGGGAAGAUUUGAGAGAGAUGCCUUUGACACCUUACUGGACCAUGCACCAGACAAGCUUAAUGUAGUCAAGACGUCUCUGAUCACCUUUGUAAAUAAACACCUGAACAAGCUGAAUCUGGAAGUGACUGAGCUGGAGUCACAGUUUGCAGAUGGUGUGUAUUUGGUGCUGCUAAUGGGUCUGUUGGAGGACUAUUUUGUGCCACUGUAUAACUUUUACCUCACGCCAGAGAGCUUUGAACAGAAGGUACAUAAUGUGGCAUUUGCAUUUGAAUUGAUGCAAGAUGGAGGACUGAAGAAACCCAAAGCUCGACCGGAAGAUGUUGUGAAUUUGAACUUGAAGUCGACUCUGAGGGUCCUGUAUAACCUCUUCACCAACUACAAAAGUUCGGAGUGAUGAAGAGAAGACAGGAUAGGAAGUCUUGCCAUGAACCCUUGAACCAGUGCCUCACUGAUGCCAUGCACACACACUUACACAUGCGCACACACACACACACAGACACUGACACACACAUACACAUCUGCAAGUACACACACACACUCAUGCAUUUACUCAGUCACAUGCUGCCUGUAUUUAAGAAGUGAGUGCUUUAUGUUGUAUGUCUUUUUAUGUGUUAAGACUCAACUGCUGUAUCCUUUAUGGACGCCACUGUGCAGAAGCUCCUAAAGGAGAUUUAAAUGCUGUACUGUACAUAAUUUAUUUGAACAAGGCACUGCUGUGUACUAUGCUACUAACUCCUUUAGUAUGAAUGUUUUAUGGCCUGUACGCUCUGUGUAUAAUGUGAGAGAUGUUAUAUCUUUAUUACCACAAUAAUAACCAUGAAUGUUUUUAUAGCCUA